AUGGCCGCUCUUACAUCCCUAAGCGCCGUAACGAGGUUUGGAACGCAAUCUCCCCACCUCCAACAUGGCCGCUCCCCUGUCCGGAUUCUCCACCCAGGACACGUAAGUGACGCAGCUGCUUGGCGAAGCCGGAAGAAGCGCGGAAAGUUUGGAGUUCGGGGCCGACAAGCGCGGAAAGUUUCUAAAGGGAGUGUGUCAGUCUCCGGGCAGCGCCUCACCGGCAGAACUCGCUUCAUGCUUCCCUGUGAGCUCUGUGUGAAUGAGAAUCUGCUGAGCAUUGUGUCGGCCCUGGCACUGACCAUAUCCUGCCUCGGCCGGCCCCUUGUCUGUUAUGUGGAACUGGAACAGGACUUGCAUGGCCCCCAGCAUUUUAGCCAGUGUGGCCCAGCUCCCCGAGCCCCCAAGUGGCCCAGCUUCCCAAACCCACGAGUGUCGCAGCUCCCCGAGCCCCCGAGUAGCCCAGCUCCCCAAACCCACGAGUGUCGCAGCUCCCCGAGCCCCCGAGUGGCACGGCUCCCCAAACCCACGAGUGGCACGGCUCCCCAAACCCACGAGUGGCACGGCUCCCCAAACCCACGAGUGGCCCGGCUCCCGAGCCCACGAGUGUCGCAGCUCUCCGAGCCCCCGAGUAGCCCAGCUCCCCAAACCCACGAGUGUCACAGCUCCCCGAGCCCCCGAGUAGCCCAGCUCCCCAAACCCACGAGUGUCACGGCUCCCCGAGCCCCCGAGUGGCACGGCUCCCCAAACCCACGAGUGGCCCGGCUCCCCGAGCCCCCGAGUGGCCCGGCUCCCCGAGCCCCCGAGUGGCCCGGCUCCCCAAACCCACGAGUGUCGCAGCUCCCCGAGCCCCCGAGUGGCACGGCUCCCCAAACCCACGAGUGGCCCGGCUCCCGAGCCCCCGAGUGUCGCAGCUCUCCGAGCCCCCGAGUGUCGCAGCUCCCCAAGCCCCCGAGUGGCACGGCUCCCCAAACCCAUGAGUGGCCCGGCUCCCCGAGCCCACGAGUGUCGCAGCUCUCCGAGUCCCUGAGUAGCCCAGCUCCCCAAACCCACGAGUGGCCCGGCUCCCCGAGCCCCCAAGUGGCCCGGCUCCCCAAACCCACGAGUGUCGCAGCUCCCCGAGCCCCUGAGUGGCCCAGCUCUGCCGGUUGGCCUCACCCUGCCUACCCAGCAGACACUGAUAAUAAGAUUAAAGGGCCAGUGCCUGUCCUGUGGCUGCAGGAUCCCAAGCAUUUAGCCAGUUGGCCAAGCUCCCGAGCCCCCCACUAAACCCACUUUUUGUUGC